AUGGUGUGGAAUCAAGUGAGAAAUGGUUUCCAUGCAAAUUGCUCUGAAGGUGAAUGCAACAAAGCCAGUGCGAGUGACCGCGCCGGUGUGUCCUUCCGGACAGGCCUGGGGGGUGCCCUGCAGGGCCACGGCCCGGAGGUGCGCCUGAAACCCAGCACUGCUCUGCCUGUCUCUCUGCCUGGAGCAACGAGCAGCGUGUUCACCAUGAAGAGACUUUUCAGCGCUUCUCGCUCAUCAGUGGAUUCAAAGGAGAUGAAAAAAUUCCAGCUCCUCGCGCAUAAGUGGUGGGAUGAAGAAGGAGAAUAUUCAGCCCUUCAUUCUAUGAAUGAUAUUAGAGUGCCGUUUAUUAGAGACACUCUGCUGAACAGGAGUGGCAGUUAUCAUCCGGGAAACCCGCUUUCUGGAGUAAAGAUUCUCGACGUUGGCUGUGGUGGUGGACUGCUGAGUGAACCUUUAGGUAGAUUGGGAGCUUUGGUUACUGGAAUUGAUCCUCUGGAGGACAACAUCAGAACAGCAGAUCAGCACAAGUCAUUUGAUCCCAUCCUGGCCAAGAGAAUACAGUACAAGUCCAGUUCACUGGAGGAGAUUGUGGAGGAGUCUGUGGAAACCUUCGAUGUAAUCGUAGCUUCUGAAGUAGUGGAGCAUGUGGCUGACCUUGAAGUGUUUAUCAAGUGUUGCUCUCAGGUGUUAAAGCCUGAAGGUUCUUUAUUCAUUACUACAAUCAAUAAAACGCAGUUGUCCUAUGUCCUGGGAAUUGUGGUCGCAGAAAAAAUAAUGGGCAUUGUACCAGAAGGAACACAUGAGUGGGAAAAGUUUGUUUCCCCCGAAGAGCUGGAGCGCCUCCUGGAAUCAAAUGGCUUUUCAGUUGAGACUGUGAAUGGGAUGCUGUAUAAUCCCCUCUCGGGGUCGUGGAGCUGGGUGGAAAGCAGGAGCAUUAACUAUGCGAUGCACGCUGUGAAAUCGGGGGCCGGGGGACAGCCAAGCCCACCUGACACCCCGUUGGAGACAGGAGGUGAGCAGCACCCAGCCACAGCUGGCACCACUGCGUGA